CUCUGUAAAGAAGGAAAAAGAUAUCACUCAGAUCCCCUCGUGAAAACUCCCGCGAAGGCCCAUCUACGCGCGACCUCUUUCUCUCUUGUCAGAUUGGAGAACCUCCGGUGAAAAGGGAGCACUGCGGAAAUGCGUGACAGCUAUCGUUGCUUACGCGGUUGACACUGAUGGUGUUGGGAGGAUUAGGGCGCAGAAUGUCGAGCGGCGACAAGGCUUCACCAGGCCUAACCAUCGAUCGUGCCGCUUUUUUGCUUCUGCGAGUAAAGAAAGCAUUCAAAAAGAAAAAGCAGCAGCGAAAAGAGAAAAGUACGCCCGUGCUAGAAUGCAAACCCGAGAACAGAUCGGGCCGAGGUCCCGUGGGACGUCCAGCUCCACUUUUACGAUCCCGAACUCUACCAGCCAUUGUUGCGCCUGGUCUCAGUAUACUUCAAGCUCAAAUCGAUGCUCGUUACAACGCGGUAACGGGGAUAUCGGUCGUUCCAUCUUCCGAUACGGACAAUACAACUAGCGCGAAGCGUGGAAGCACGGCUUCGCAAUACACCAAGCUUCUUAUGCCGAGAAUAUCCUUUACGGAUGAUACGAUAGCACGCCGCGUUUCCGACUCUGGACCAGCGAGCAGAGAAUCCUCCAAGGAACACUCGGCAAGAAGCGGCAGGUUGAGUACCUCCACCAUCGGCGGCUCGCAACCUCUCAACCGGCUUGCUAGGCUCUUGAACCAGAGACCGAGCUUCACCCCGAGCGAUGAAAUUCCACGACGGCUCUCUUGGGAGAAACGAGAGUGCAGUACAACGAGUUCCUGCCUGCCAAGAAGCAGUUCGAUCGACAGCGUGGCAGAAUGGGGUUUGACAGGAGGAAUAGGAACUGUCGCCGGAAAUAACAGUGUGAGUGCUGGCAACAGUUAUGGCCUAUUUGUCGAGCAUCCACCCUUGAGAAGAAGUCCAAGUCCGCUGUUGGGAGCGAGAAGUGACAGAUUGAGUCUAGUGUCACCUAAUAUCGGCAGAAGAAUUAAAGGACACAGAGCGGUCGUAGAGUUACAUUCGUUGCAAGGGAUGGAGUUCCUGGAGGGCUUCGGCAAGAAGAAACAACAGCCCCACCAACAAUUGAAUAAUUUGUCAUCAAUACAUAUCAAUCCUCUCUCGGCCCAAUCCCUCAACAUACACUUGCAUGCUCUAUUUGCGGCUGUGGAACAUGGCCAUUUGGAUAAGGCGAGGAGUAUUUUGGAAUCUACCGAUGUGGAUGUAAAUAGCGUUAAUAGCGACGGCUUGUCACCACUGGAUGUCGCUGUACUUAGUAACAAUAGGCCGCUGGCAAAAAUGCUGGUUACGUUCGGUGCGCAGGAAGGAAAUCAAUUCAAGUCUCCGGAAUCUCUUGGAAGUCACUUGGCGUCAUUACUCUCGGAAGCGGAACACAGAGUUCAAGAACUCGGGGGCAGUACUUCCGGCAGCAGUGCGACUCUACUGGAACCACCCAGCAUACAUAGGGCCAGUUUUUCCACGCAACAUAACAACCUCACGGGAUGCAGUGGUAGUACGGAAGACAAACAGCUUGCCCUAUGGGAAAGGAGAGCCAGGGCUCUCAGAAAAAUGUUAUUGGGUUUCGAUCAAGCGCGACCACCCGACAUGCCAUUUCUGGUUGCCAUCGAUGUUACCGGAACGACUUCGGUAACAAUCAAAUUUCAAGAACCAGACUCGCACGAUUCUCCGAUCUGUACCAAAUUUAAGGUUCAAUGGAGUUUGCACGAUGACUUUUCCGUUAUUUGCGACGAGAGAGAGGUUUUAGAUAUGAAGCAAAGAGAAUGUCGUAUCGAGGAUCUAACUCAAGGUCAAAAAUAUUAUUUUCGCGCUGCCGCUGGAAAUUUAAAGGGCUACAGCAGAUUUAGGAAUUCGACACCUGCGCAUGUUACACCUAGCAGUUGGAGGGAUAUAGACGGCAGAGUACCGAGGUUUGCGGGACGAUUAGAACAAUUAAAUACAUUGUUCACUGAUAUAAGAAGACCGGAAUAUACGCAAGAAACACCGGCGGUACAGAGGCGAAAUCAUAAAAAGAAAACGACGAUAAAACAACUCUUCACAGCGACAAGUAAAUUCCAGAAAAAUCUCAGGCGAGGAGUAUUUCUCGCGUGUCUACUCUACCACGAAGACAAAGUCCUCGUUACCAACGAGGAUUUCUUACCCGUAAUCGAGGUCGACGAGACGUAUCCUAGUUGUAUCUACAACGAUUUUCAUUGGCUAAUGAAAGUCGCCUGUACCUGGGACGACGUUAAAUCCCUUCGACAAGAUAUGGAAAAGAGUCACAGCAGUUCGACGAACCAUUUUAGAAUAAGGUUGCUUCAAGCUGCUGCUCAGAUGCAGGCUGCACUGUGCAUACAAGACCUUGGACAGUUAUAUCACAAACCUAUCAGAGACAUUCAAGGCACUUUGGUAUUUUCGACAGUGAAUUACAUAAAAUCAGCAAAAAUGGUUUCCGUAUUAAAUAGCAGAUGGUUACCGCUCAGUAAAGUUAUAAAGAAAGUCAUAACGCACGAAGACAGUAACGUUGCCGAUAUCUUGAUGGCCAGUAUACAAGAACAAAUGACAUAUCAUCAAGUCAGUAGUAUCAAAUUAUCCAAAGGUUUAUAUCUCGGUUAUCUGAAAAUGCAGAGCAGCGUGGAUCUCAUACAAGUCGUUGUCCCGACGAAAUCUCCGAAUGUGUUGCCGCACUGCAAGAUUCGCGAUAAUCCACACGUAUCCGCGGAGGAGUGGGACUAUCUCAAGAGAGUAACGCGCAUCUGUAUGUCCGAUUCUUCCGUGAAAGAGUCCGAAGAGAAAGAGAACGUGACGAACGAGGCUCAAGGCACGGAACAGCAAAAGUUGUUUGUCGAUCUGGUUGCCGCGACCGCACGACGAUUGUUUAAUUACAUGGAGAUCAGUUCGGAAGAUUCGUUGGUGCAUCGACUUUACGAUGCCGAAGUGAUCGAUCUGACGCAUGACGUAUCGUUUCUUAUCACCGUGCCGCCCGCCGAAACCGCUUGCUGUGUGCCUGGCACGCGAGAGAUCUUACUACAGCGCGGUGAUCUCCUGUCGUUGCCUAUUCAAGUCUUUGAGAUGGUGCAUUUGAACACGUAUCAAAAGGACGUGAUCAAUCGUUACUCGAGGCUUAGCUGCAUCUUGGAACUAGACACGGCACAGGCCCAGCAUAAUCACAGAGAGGCCUUCAGUUCCUUAGAGUUAAGCGUCGCAAAGGACAAACUGGCGAGAUUGCAAGAUCUCCAGUCGCAAAUGAACACUGUGUGGAAAGGUUCUAGGUGGUUGAUUGACGUUAUAACUUUCGCGAGAGAUCGCGGCUCCUCUCAACAAAACGUCGCAUCGCAAACCGUCGGUAUAUCUAUGAAGCAUCUGCUUAGCUUAGACAGAAACAAGAACAGCAGUAGCAACAAUAAUAGUCUAAAACGGAGUUUAUUACAAUUACCGCCUAGAGAUCCUAAACUCGUUAAAUCAAGCCCUGGCCGAGGUAGUUGGCCAGGACCGAAUCUGUCCAAUUCCUCUUCGAAUCUUCUUACAACGGAAUUCAGCAAGAGCGAGCAGCAGCUGCCCAGCGGACAGUACGUACGUAAGGGUAGCAACACUUCGAAUAUAUCGACGACGUCGGAGCCGCAGAAAUCGUUGUGCGUGCCGAGCAGCAACAGCAAUCUGACCACGAGCGCCAAUCAUCUGGCGCCGCUGCAAAAUACGCGGCUGCCGCCCUCCAAAUCCGAAGACACCCUAAUUCUCGCCAAGUACAAACAUAGCCCGCGAAAUCGCUCCGCUACGAUAACUACUUCGGCAUCGGCCAGCACUAGUCCGCUAAUGAGCAUUAAGCCCAUCCUUUACGGCGGUUCGCUUUUGAGCGUCUCCACGGCGAUGACGAACACCACGAGCCUACUUAGCGUGUCUGUGAGCAACACCAAUUCCGACAGCCUACAUUCGUUGAGCAGCGAAGAAAACUCUACGACGAAUUCGAGCGUAUGCUUGAAAACCAGUCAUCCGGUCAAAGUUAAAACGUCCAAACCGACUGCGAGCGUCGCGGCGAUGGCCACCGUUCCGCAAGAUAAUCUAGACGAAGAGAAGGAAGAGGCGACGAUGAUGCCGGCACCUCUGCCAGGUAUUCUUCAAGUUUACGCGGCCUACGAGACUGGUUUAGCAGCUGGCACCAGUUUGAAAUUACACGUAACACCAAGGACUACGGCACGUGAAGUUGUGGAACUUGUUGUUAAACAAUUGAACAUGGCGGUGGUUCUAAAAGGACAAAAUGGGCCUACCUAUACGAUUGACGAACUACCAAAUUUCUGCUUAGUUGCCGUAAUCGGUGCACGGGAACGUUGCUUAAGGGACGAUUUUAAGCCACUUCAAUUGCAAAAUCCAUGGAAGAAGGGACGACUAUAUGUUAGACAAAAACAAGACGUUCUUGCUGCUCUUGAGCACAGUAGCAAGCAUACCGCGUACUUAUAGCACAAAUAAAGCGCUAUCUAUAAGUGGGAAGAAAGAGAAAGAGAAAGGUAAUAAUUUAUUACCUACUAUUGUUAAUUAAAUUUCGAUACAUUCUACACGUGUGCAUAAACGCGUGUAUAACGUUCCUCGAUAACGAUUACAAACGAAAUAUUUCAUACAAAGCGACUAAUGUCGUACAUCUUCAACGGUACUACUAAUAAAAGAAAUAUUUCAGUGAAUAGAUGUGAAUAAUUAUUUAAUAGAAAAAGGUAUUUUAAUCAUAUAACGUUCCAUGACCCGAGAGAUUUUUUUCUCUGAAUUUCUCUUCUAAUUUAUGAUGCACUCUAUGCAUAACUAGGUCACACAUUUUAUGUGAAAAAAAAAAAAACGUAUAUUUAAAAAAUUGUUUUAUUCGCGCUUGACCUCUCUUAAAUAAGUGAUAUUAGCCGCGAUAGAUCUGAGUUUUUUAAGAAUUGCUUUUUAAAAAGCCGACCUUGUUUUUAUUAUUUAUAAGUAAAAUAAUAUUUUUUCAAGAAAAUAUUCCCAUUUUUUUUUCGUCACACGAUUAUUUUCUGAUAUACUCUCUCUUUUGCUGUUAAAAAUAAAUUUAUGUUUUAUUGAAUAACCAGUGGAGCGUUGAAGAUAAAAAUAUAAAUAAUUGAAAUGUAACAUGAGAUAUAGCAACAUAGACAAUUUGGAGGAAUCGAAUGUGAUAAACAUUUCUCUGAUCGAUGAAAUAGGAGUCUAUCCUAUUUUAGGCAACGUGUAUACAUUCCGAUUUUGGAAUUUGUCAACUUUCAAGCACGAUCUGUAAUAUUCUUCGAAUGUUAGCUAGUUUGUAAAGGAAUGAAUAAUACUCGAGACAUACUGUUAUAUUUUCUGUACCGAUCUCAAUGUUUUAUUCGAUAUAUGCAUAUUGUCGAGAGUAUACGUGAGUAAGCUGGUUGAGAGAUCUCAUUGUUCCUUAUCGUAGUUCAUUGUAUCCAAGUACGAUUUAUCGUUACGAAACAUAGGAGGAUCCUUUGGCACAAAGAAAAUGCAAUAGAGAAAUACUUGGAUACUUUGAAUCAAUAAGGAUAACUAACUUUUUGAAGUCACACACACACAGUGAAAGUUUUAUAUUUAUACUAUUAAAGUUAUAGAUGAAAUGCCUCUAAAAGAAUAUAUUUUAGGUUCUAAUAUAUGACAACGUGUUAUUAUAAUAUUAUACAUGAUACUUUCUGCUUAUGAUUAGAUUCAAUGUUACCAGGCUCUAACAAAAGAAAUAAAAUCAUUUCAAGUGCGUUCUCGAUGCAUGGCACAGUCUGGGGCAAUGUAUUUCUUUCAGAAUAUUCGUAAUAAAAUAAUAUGAAAGUUCCUAAAGUCUGGUAGUAUUGUCUUAAGAUGGCUUGGGGGGAAAGAUAUAUAUUUUAGAAAAGUCUGAGAUCAAUUUUCUGAAAGAGACCACUGACAAAUUUUGUUGACAGAAAGGAUUGUAAAAAAAAUGUUAUAUACAAAACGGAGAAAAAAAAGAGGAAAUUAGUAUAAGAUUUUAUUUGAGAAAUAUUUCGAAUCUAAAGCGGCGAGUAUAAUAUAUCAGAACCAGUUUUAUAGUUAUUAGUAUAGUUAAGACGAGAAGAGGCUUAUAGACUGUUGUAUAUAAUAGAACAAAAAGUAUUAUUAAUACUACUAUAUUAUUUUAGAGACAACAAACAAAAUUUUUGUAUUUUUUUGUUUUAGCUUAUAACUUUUGUUUUAUUAAAUACUAUAGUGCGUAUAUAAAUAUUUUUUUAUUUCGUUAUAAUCACAUUCUAAAUGUCAUCUAAACAUCUGUUUAAUUUUAACACAACAAAAUCAUAUGAAGAAAAUUCCAGCAGGCAUAGGCAAAAACUAGGAUUUAUUUUGAAGAAUUCAUGAAAAGAGAAAUAUUUAAUCAAAAGACGAAAUUAAAUUUUUCGUCAUUAUAUAAAAGAUAAAAUUUAGUAAAAUUUUCAAAAAUUAUAACAGGCACAUCGCCUGGCACGUAACAAAAUAAAUAUCCAAUUGAGAGAAACAAUAGUACGAUAACGCCCGACGUGUAUUAACCGAUCAAAUAAUGACUACCAUAGUGUAGAAUGAUUUGCGCUGAAAAUACAUCACAUAUACCCCAAAACCGCACAAUAUUAUUCGCGACGAACUUCUUAAAUGUUUCGUGAUCGCGUUGCACAUUUCAUAUAUAAUCUAACGAAUAACAAGAUUAAUUAAUGUAGCAUAUAUACUCAUAUGUAGUUAUUCGUAUAGAUUCUCUCUCUUUCUAAAAGAAAAAGAGAGAGAGAGAGAGAGAGAGAGAGAGA